AUGAUUGUGAUUGAUGAUGAUGACGUUAUGAUCACGUCCAUCGGAAAAAAGUUACUUCUCCCUCAAUACUCAUGGAUUUUUACAAACACGGAAAACUGGACUUGUGUAAACCUUGUAGAGUUUUAUCGUGCCAAUUCGAAACAAAAGGAGCGUAAAAAAGUACUGGACAACAUAAAGAAAGAUCUCGAAAAGGUGGUGAGAUCGAAAUCUGGUUUUGACGCAACGCGUAAAAAGAAAGCUCAAAAAAUAAUUAAUAACUGGAAGGAUUGGACCAUGAUGAGCGAUGAUACAAAUUUCAAAUUCGAGUUUAAUCAGAUACAACAGCAGGUGCUCACGACUGGUAAUACUGUGACUAUUGAUAAUAUUGAUAAUCAUUGUGUAACUGGGAAACAUCUCAGAGAAGAUGAAAUGAAAACAACAGUUGAUGUAACUCCACUGAAGCAGGUGGAAAAGCUUCCUUGUGAAUUUGAAAUUCCUCAAACAAAGAGACCAAGAAAUGUUCCCCCUAUGAACCUGCAACAAGAAGCAAUCGUUGAUGCUGAGCUGACAACUAGUGAUAAAUUCCAAGAAACUAAUACUGAAAAAGCAGGUGAGGCAAAAACAUUUUAUGUCUCGUUUGACAAGUACAUUGGCUCAGGCGUGAACAUACAAGACAAAAGUGAUGAUAUAGCUGGGUCAAAUAAAGAUCUUGAGGACGAGAACGAUGAAGAGAUAAAAUUUAAUCUUGAUGACAUCUCAAGAGAAUUACAGCAUGAACCAGCAGUUAAAUGGGAGGUCGAUAAUAUUAACGUAACAGACAGAUUUCGAACCUACCAAAAAGAUAUACUUAAGAAGGUGGAAGAGAAGCAGAAAAAAGACACUGUGAAGACACACUUACGAGCCCGCAAAUCAAUUAAUAUGCAACUACAAAGAAAAGGUGGUCCAGCUGAAGCUGGUAUAUUUUUGAAUAUGGGCGAAUGGAUGGAGACGUUUUUCAUGGAUUUAAAAACAAAGCUGGUGGUCGAAAAGGCUUCAAUCCCAUUAGCGGAAUUUGCAAUUAGCCAUAUUAUCGCUUUGGAAGAACGUAUUGGGAAGCUUGCAGAAGACUACAAAUAUCGAGAUGGUCAAAAUCAAGAGGAUCGAAACGAUCAAAUUACACCACCUACAUCUUUCAUACGUAAAUUUCCAAAUACUCCACAAGUAAAGUUGUUAUUUAAGUGA